AUGAAGCAGUUUGUGGUUUUGGCCUGUCUGGCUGUGAUCGGCGGCGCACUGGCUGCCCCCCGUCCGGAUGUUAGCCACUUGGCGGGAUACAGCUACCAGGCUGGCGGCUACAACGGAGGCUUGGUGGCCAACCAGGUGGUGAGCACCCCGGUGGUGAGCACCUCGUACCAGCCCACCGCCGCCGGCUCCAACUACUUCAGCUCCGCCCCCAGCAUCGGCCAGCUGAACCUGGCUCCCGUGGUCUCCUCCGGAGUGGGCAACUACCAGUCCGGGGGCUCCCUGGACUACCAGGUGGGUGCUGCCGGCGCCAGCGACAGCAUCGGCCUGGCCGGCCUCCAGCCCGGACCCGCCAUCAACUACAACGAGCAGGAGUCCUACAUCAGCCACCUGGCCAACUUCCAGCCCGCCCAGAUCAACAAGCACUUCUAUAUCCACAGCGCCCCCGAGGACCACGACGAGCAGCAGAUCGUCCGCUACGUGAACGUGGGCCGUCCCCAGAAGAACUACCGCGUCGUGUUCAUCAACGCCCCCACCUCCACCACCAGCAAGGCCAAGAUCAUCGCCAACGUGGCUCCUGUCGAGGAGAAGACCGCCAUCUACGUCCUCUCCAAGAAGUCCAACGCCCUGGACGUCAGCGCCGAGGUGGUCACCCAGCGUCCUGUGGCCAACAAGCCCGAGGUCUUCUUCGUCAAGUACAAGACGCCCCAGGAAGCCGCCCACGCCCAGCAGACUAUUCAGGCCAACUAUGAUGCUCUGGGUGGCACCUCCCAGACCAGCAACGAGGGCGUCAUCCCCGUCUCCUCGGUCAUCGGCAGCCUGGGCGACAAUGGCGCCUCCGGCGUGGUCACCGAUGCCAGCGGCGCCCUGAACAUCGUCGGCACCGGCGGAGUGCCCAGCGUGGAUGCCAGCUACAGCGCAGGAUCCGGAUCCUCGGGAGUGUUCGACGCCCAAGGCAGCCAGCGCCAGGUGGUCAGCACCAUCACCACUGGCACCAACGCCCAGGCCACCUACCUGCCCGUGAAGCCGGUCAGGAAGUAGGACUCCUCCCAGCCACAUCCUCAUUGAAACACUUGAAACACUGCCAGGACAUUCGAUUCGGUUGGAGCCUCGGCGGACUCGGGACUGGAUGGCCAAUCCUCUAGGGAUUUGGGAUCUAUCGCAGUGGAGUGCCGCCGGGAAGACCUGCGCGAUUUUUCUAUUCUAUUUAGAUUCUUGCAAUCGGCAAGCUAUUUUUUCCAAACACUUUUUUUUUAUAAAUAAAAUAUAAGAGUUUUCAUAGGCAUUCAAA